AACCAGCCAGGGAGACCAGUUCGCUUUCAGUCGCCUGCCUUGCCAAGUCGCCUAACUAGAAUCUUCUCUCUUCGUUCACUUUCUCCUCUCGUACCUUUUUGACUGGGUUAGAGAAAAAAAAGUGCAGAGUCAUUUUACAACACGGUGCUGCCCGCCCACAUCAUCGGUUGUUGUGUGUGUGUGUUUUGAGUUGGUUGUUGGUAACUGGUGUGGUUUGAUUCAAAGACGUUUGGAUGAUUACUAGUGGCAGUUCACCGCCAUGUUCAUUAGUGGCCAUGGAUUCGCCGCUAUUCUAUGAGUUGCAGGACCAUUGCCACGACGUGAGCUCAGUGACGAAAACCCAACAACAACAACAGCAGCGUCGUAGUGUGUCGAACAAUCUUCAUUUAAAUUUGACUACGUCGAGCAAUUCCAUCGCCGAUUUGACAUCGGCGCGAGGACUGGCUCCCAUUCGUGUUCCACCGUCCGGCGCCGUUUUCGGAAACGCGCCGCAACAACAACAACAACAAAUCGGCGAGGCUUCCUAUCCGGAACUGGCCGACAUCAACACUCCCGAAAUCUCGCUGGAUCUCCAGGGUCUGAUUGACUGCGAGGGAUUAUUGUCGGACUUGUCCCGACAACCUUCUUCCUCGACCAACCCUUAUUUAACCAACUACAUGCGCCAGACUCAACAACAACAGCAGCAACAACAACAGUACAUGCCACACCACCACCAACAGCAGCAACAUCAACAGCAGCAACAACAACAACAGCAACAACAGCACCAAAGUCACCAUCAUCCGUACAACAGUUUGGUGAAAGAAGAACCGCUGGAUUCCGGAACGUACAGCCCACCUCCGCAACAGCACUACUCCGGCGGAGGUUACACGGCGUACGACAGUUCCUACGGCGGUCAAUAUCCAUCAACCAGCAGCGGCCACAGCAGCAACAACAACAACAAACUUUUGGGUCCGAGUAACAUCAACAGUCCCGGAUCUGUCAAAAGUGUUUCCUCAUCGGUGAGCGAAUCUUCGUCUUCCAAACGGAGCGGAAUCGGCGGCGGAGGGGCCAGCGGAUCGGGCGGAAGCAAACGGGCCGACAAGGGGACGGACGAGUACCGGAGGCGUCGGGAGCGGAACAACAUUGCCGUGCGCAAAUCGCGUGAAAAGGCCAAGCUGCGCUCGAGAGAAACGGAAGAGAAAGUCAAAUUGUUGGUGAGGGACAACGAGCGGCUGCAGAAGCGCGUGGAGCAGUUGACGGAAGAGCUCAACAUUUUGCACACGCUCUUCACCAAUGUGGGCGGAGUGCCGGAGAGCGUCCAGCGCGAGGUGGCCAAACACCUGGAGAACAUCCAGCACCAGCAGCGCUACCAGUAAUCCACCAAGUCUUGCCACUUUAUCCAUCGAUGUGAUGCGGAGCAGCGGCGCCUCCUUAUUAUUAUUCCACCAGUGCUCUGAUUGUGGGUGUCGUCCGUCCGCCAUACGAAAUCAUUUCAAUUACUAUCCUCCUCCUCCUCCCGUUCAUCGUCAUUAUCCACCACCGGUACAGCUUCAACCGCAGCCGAUCCUGCUGCCCCUAGUCGAGUGCUGGCAAAAGAGACGUGGUCCCCGCUCCGGUACUCGAUUUAAAACAACAACAACAACGAAAACAUUGAUUAUUAACCAGAUAAAUAUAAUAAUAAUAAUUAAAAGAAAUUUUUGAAACAACAAAAAAUCAAGUGUCUUUUGUGAAUUUUGUUUUGGAAAAAGAAAUGUCGUCGAAAUUUUGAUAAAAUAAGAAAAUUUAUUGAUUUUUGAAUUUUUUGGUCUUUUUGAAACGUUGUGUACUAUCCGAAAUUCUUUGAUCGAAUCCACCACCACCCGAUUGUA